UGUUAUUAAAGGCAGACUUACUUCCAGAAUAUGCAAAAGAUUUCCACUGACUUUCUUUUGUCAUAUCUCAUAUCUCUGACUGUUCUUUGUUUUUAUUCUAGAGCUAAUAAUAUUGCACUGGAAUAUUUUUGGUCUCCACUAUCUAAAACAGGGGCAGGUUAACCUUAUUUCAACUUUGCAUUUCUACGUCAAGGAUAAUCAGUGUGUUUUCCUUUUAUGGCCUAAUUAUAUUUAUCUUUUUGUUUUUAUUUCCAGGCCUACUGGAGAGUUAUGUCAUUCUGAUCUUCAUAGAAGAAAACAUAUUCUAUUUCAGUUUGAAGGAGGAUUUCAGUAAUAAUGUAUUCAGUUCCCCGCUCCCUAUCUGGAAUGGAAGGAGAUAAUGGACAUCCUAGAAAAUUUAUCUCUUUCCUUUUUGUUUUUGGCAUUACAUUGUUAUGUGCUGGGUUUUUGCUAUCAAUGUUUGUUUUGCAGACAUGUCCAAGUGGAGCCUUUGGUGACUGUAAGGGAGCUUUCAAAAUUAUUGGGCCUCUGCUUGCAGUUGUUGGACUAGUUUGUAUAAUUUUGGCACAAUCCAGAGCCAAAGAUUAUCUCAGAGAUGUGCAAUUGCAAGAUGAUCAGGUAUAUGGAUUUGUUUUUUGUCGAGGAAAUUGUCAGUUUGCUCAGUUCCUCGUCUUUGGGUUUUUAUUUUUAACAAGUGGGAUGCUUAUUAGUGUCCUUGGCAUAUGGAUUCCAGGAUGCAGUCCAGGAUGGCGUUAUCAGCAGUUUAACCAUAGCAAUACAUCUGGCAUUGAACUCCAGGACUGUGGAUUUCAUUCUGUUCAAACUAUGGGCCCUUUAAUUGUGCUUAUUGGAUUAUGUUUCUUUGUGAUAGCUCACAUUAAAAAGAAACAAAACUUAAACCUCAUCCAAGAAUCUUCAGUCAGUGAAGAACAACUGAACUCUGAAUCAUUUCAAGUUACAGUCGGUGAUACUGUGAUGGUUUUUCCUCCUCCACCACCACCUUAUUUUUCUGAUUGUUCACCACAGACCAUAACUCCUAGCCUGGUAGCAAACGAACUUAUUUUAAAUGAAAAUCCUCCACCAUAUCACAGUAUUUUUAUUAAUUGAUUAUGAAUAACAGGCCUACAGAGAAAAUGAGUUCCACAGUAUCAGGAAACAGUUUGCCUUCUAAAACUUAAUCAGUUCAUUGUUAUUCCUCUGAGUCAUCUCAGAAUUACAAGGCAAAAAGCAGCUGUAAAUAAUGAAUGUGUCUUGUCUUCCUCUCCCUUCUAUACUCAGCUGAUCCAUUACCAUCUGCUUAUCACCAACUAUAAGAAAUAUUCAGAGCUGAAGCAGAAAGACAAGGGAAGGAACAGGUAUAAACAAAGGCAAGAACAGAAAGAACCGCAGGAAUUCCAGAUAAAAAAUAAGAUGAAAGGAGAAUGAAAAUGCUACACCUGCAUUUCCCCAACCCAUUAAAGAGGGCAGUAGGUUGUACAUUAGGAAUGUCCAACCUUUUUCAAAUCAAAGGCUUCCUCCAGACAUACAGAAUAUUUUGGGGGGUUUACAAAGAAAGUGGCCAGAACAAGGGUGGGGGAAAUGGGUUUGUCCAGAAACAAGUGGCUACAUUUAUUUCCUACAAAACAAAGGAAAUGUUAGUGAUUGUUAGUGUGAAAUAGAUUGUUCCCUUACCUGUAAUAUACUUUGCAAUCCAGGCCACUUCUCAAACAAAUGUAUAUCUGUUAACUUGCACAUCCAUUUUUCCUAUUGUUCUAUGGCAGAGAUAGUAGCAAUAGCAGCAGCUCAAUUUCAUGAAGGCUGCUUGAAAUCCAGAGGAUAUGCUGAAAGAUACUUUGACAUCUUCAGUAUAAAGAAAAGGAAUCAGGAAGUUGGCUGAACACCCUGCUGAAGUAGGAAGCCAGAAUGAGU